UGUCUGCCUUGCUGUGGUUGCAGAGAGGAAUCUGAUUUGUAGAAUAAAUCAUCCGCUGAUGAGUUAUUGAUCCGGAAAAGCCGAAUUUGUGAAUAUAUUGCCAACUUUAUUGAAGUCUUGAACUAACUUUUUUUAACCCAAAACGCAAAUGAUCACAGUAAAAAGGCUUCGAUUAAAAACAAAGUCUCUAAAUUUUACCGUCUAACUUUUCCUUUGGGAGUUUUUGUCAAACUGGCUGAACUGCGCUGCAGAGCCGUAUGGGUGGGUGUGUAGGAGGUCGGGCUUCCCUCCAAGCUCUCAGUUCCCGACGGAGUCCGCGUCCCGCCACGAUCAUCCGUGGACUGAGCCGAACCGAACCGAGUCAGCGCUCUCAGCAGCGGAGCUCUGCCGCUCCGUGGCCGCCAGGAUGGAGUCUCCAGACGCGCUGAGGAGGAGCAUCGCCCCCCUCCUGGUUCUCUGCCUCCUGCCUCUGGGCCACGCCGAACUGGCCUGCCACUGCACCGGGAAGUCCCUCUGCCACUGUGAUGGAGUCAAAGGCCAAAAGGGGGAACCUGGGUACGCGGGAAAAACCGGAUUACCAGGAGUAAUGGGAUUUCCUGGAGAGGAAGGUCAUCAGGGCUCACUUGGGGAAAAGGGUGAUCGGGGAAAAGCAGGCCUACCAGGAACGAAGGGCUCUCAGGGUCUCCCAGGCAGACCAGGCUUUCCGGGGUCUCCAGGAAUCCCAGGCAUCCCUGGAAAUGAAGGAGCAAUCGGCAGACCGGGACUCCCAGGAUGCAACGGGACAAAAGGAAGGGCUGGCGGGCCAGGAUAUCCAGGGAGGGCAGGACCUCCUGGACCACAGGGACCCCAGGGGCCACGAGGGAUGAAGGGAGACACGAUAGUCCCAACCCCUCAGCCGGUCAUAAAGGGAGCGAGAGGACCACAAGGACCAAAGGGCAGAAAAGGCGAUGGUGGCGAUAGAGGAGAAAUGGGCUCACCAGGACCACCGGGACCCUUUGGACGUCCCGGAAGACCAGGACUGCCAGGAAUUGAAGGAGAAAAGGGUCAAGAAGGGUCCAGUCCAACGAGCCCCGGUCCACAAGGACUAAAGGGUAAACGAGGACCUCCAGGAAUCCCUGGAAAGCAAGGAAUCAAGCUGUACGCUGAGGGACCCAAACAGCUGAAGGGAGAACCGGGUGAAAUUGGACAGAAAGGUGUCCGAGGACUUCCUGGUGUACCAGGGAACCUCGGGAUUAAAGGAGGAAAGGGCGAUCGAGGUGAACCCGGCUCUGAGGGUAAACUGGGGAAGCAGGGAUUAUCAGGAGAGAGCGGACAGCAGGGAGAACCGGGAGAUUCUGGCGCCGUCGGUCCUCCUGGCAUUGAUGGCUGGCCGGGGGAAAAAGGCGAUCGAGGUCCUCCAGGUCUCCCAGGAGAAGUUUUCUAUAACCACAUAAAUAUAAAAGGACAGCGGGGUGUCCCCGGACCCUUUGGACCCCCAGGAUUCCCAGGGAUUCCAGGACUGAUUGGUUUUCCUGGACUGAAGGGCGAAUCAGGUGUGGCCACCAAUGGACCACCAGGCUCCCGGGGACCACCGGGCUCAUCUGGUCCCCGAGGAGAACCAGGAGUACCAGGGCCUGUCUUUCAAGGACCUCCAGGAUAUGACGGACUGCCCGGAGCUCCUGGAGCUGAAGGAGAGCAGGGAGAUCCAGGAAUACCAAAUUAUGUGUUGAGAGGAGCUGGUCCUCCAGGAGAUAAAGGCUCAAAGGGCCCGACUGGUUCUACUGGACUGAGAGGGGAGGGUGGGCAGAAGGGCCUAAAAGGGGAGAUUUGUAGAGUCUGCAAUGUUGAUUAUGGCCCUCCAGGACCACAGGGACCACCAGGGGAGCCUGGUCAAUGUGGGUUGCCAGGUGCACCUGGUUUCUCAGGACCUGCAGGUGAUAAAGGUGCCAAAGGGGCUGUAGGCCCACCUGGACCACAGGGUUCCUUUGGCUUUCCCGGCGUCCCGGGGCGCCCAGGACCUCCAGGUGAGCCGGGUGUUAUUACUAGGAUCGGGCUGAAGGGGGAUGAAGGGAACAGGGGGGAUCCUGGGCCCCUGGGACGGGCAGGGAGGGAUGGAUCUCCAGGAAGACCAGGUGCUAAAGGUGAUCCAGGACAGAAAGGAGACCCGGGUCCUCCAGGACUGAAAGGGGACCAGGGCCCUCCGGGCAUCAUGGGUCUCAGAGGACAGGCAGGGCAGAUGGGGCCUAAAGGACAACUUGGUGUCGGGGCUCCGGGGCCUCCGGGGCCCAAAGGAGCUGACGGAUUACCAGGAGAGCCCGGAAGACCCGGACCUCAAGGGGAGAAAGGCGAUCCAAGGGAAGCCAACGCCUUUCCAGGAGAUCCAGGCCCCAGAGGCAAGACGGGUCGAUGUGGGAGCGCCGGGGCCAAAGGUGUGAGAGGACCUGCAGGUCCUCCAGGAGUUAGAGGUCAGAAAGGCGAAGAGGGGAGAGCAGGUUCUUCUCGCCAAGGGAUGCCAGGCAGCAAAGGGCCGAAGGGAAACAAGGGUUCCAAAGGAGAGGCAGGUCUUCCCAGUUAUGGCUUCAAGGGACGAGAGGGGCCACCAGGGCCCCCUAGGGACCCCUGGUCAAAAGGGGGACCGAGCGUGUCUGCGCCUGGUGAGAGGGGCCAACAAGGCGCUCAGGGAGAGGAGGGCUCCCUGGGACCACCAGGAGUCCCUGGACCUCCGGGACCAGAAGGAUUUCAGGGACCUUCAGGACAAGAUGGUCGUCCAGGACCAAAAGGUGAACGUGGUCUGGAUGGAGUUCCUGGUCCUGUUGGUCAGACUGGAUGCUGCCACCCUGGAGCUCCAGGACCCAGAGGAGUGCAAGGUCCACCAGGUUUCAUUGGAUUCCGAGGGAUCGCUGGACCAGCCGGUCCAAAGGGAGACCGUGGGAUCCCAGCCUCAGGAGCCCGCGCACUGAAGGGGCCCAAAGGGCAACAAGGAGCUGAUGGUGCUGCAGGGAUGGUUGGAGUGGUGGGACAGAAAGGCCAGAGAGGGAGCACAGGGAUGCCCGGAGGUCCAGGGAGAAGGGGGGACAGCGGGCUCCCAGGACCCUUUGGGAGUCCAGGAGCAGAUGGAAGACCAGGAGAGUCCGGGAGUCCAGGACCAACAGGUCAGAAGGGUAUAGAUGGACCAGCGGGUUCUCAGGGGCCUUCAGGAGACCCAGGGGACAGAGGGGAGACUGGACCAAAAGGAGUCUCAACAAACAUCAUGAGAUCAGGAGAACCGGGGGAUCCUGGAGUCCCAGGGCCCAUAGGUCCUGCUGGUCAGAAAGGAGAAAGGGGCCUCCCAGGGCCUCAAGGGCCAGACGGCUUUAAUGGAGAACCUGGAUUCCAAGGGCCACAAGGACUUCCUGGAGAUCCAGGUAGAGAUGGACAGAAAGGUUGUCCUGGUAGCACUGGACCCCCAGGUGACAAGGGACUGACUGGCCCACCAGGUUGUCAGGGUGAGAAAGGUGCCAAAGGAGCUUGUGGUGACCCUGGUCCAGAUGGUGCACCAGGACAUAGCGGACCUAAAGGCAUUAAGGGGGAACCAAGUCCAGCUGGACCAGAAGUUAAAGGUUUUCCUGGAGAGAUGGGGGAUUCUGGGCCUCCAGGUUAUCCAGGUCUAAAAGGACCACCAGGAGAAUAUGGAAAUGUUGGUCUUCCAGGUACAACAGGCUGCUGUGGACCUCCAGGACCUCCAGGACCACCUGGAUGCAAAGGUCCUCCUGGGGAUCCAGGUGAGAAGGGCUAUAAUGGCCCUCCUGGGAGAUGUGGACCUCCAGGGCCUCCUGGAACCCCAGGAUUCAUGGGUCCUCCUGGAAAUCCUGGUCCACCCGGACCCAAAGGAAACCAGGGGAGGGAUGGGAUUCCUGGACCUGAUGGAGAAAAAGGAGCCAUGGGAUCAUGCACAUCUGGAUCCAAGGGACCACAUGGAAGCCAAGGUCCACCUGGAUGUCCAGGGGAGCCGGGUCCAACUGGUCCCUGUGGCCCUCCUGGUCCAUGUGGCCCUGCAGGAAACCCAGGCGUCCCGGGUCCUGCUGGCCCCUCUGGUCCUCCUGGCUGUCCUGGACCAAAGGGAGUCUGCAUCGAUGGACUGAAGGGAGAAAAUGGAUGUCCAGGACCAAAGGGACCCAAAGGCCCACCUGGAUGUAAAGGUCCUCCUGGUCCUCCAGGUCCUGCUUGCAAAGGUCAUAAAGGACAUAAAGGAGUCCCCGGUCCCCCAGGACCACCUGGUCCACUUGGUCACCCUGGUCCUCCUGGGAACGUUGGUCCGUGUGGAAGGCCUGGACCUCCUGGAGAUAAAGGCUGCCACGGACCGAUUGGAGAAAAAGGACCAGUUGGUAUGAAAGGGGAGAGAGGACAGACAGGUUACCCUGGACCAAUCGGACGUCGAGGACUUCCUGGGAGGGAAGGAGAACGGGGGAUGGACAGACGUCCUUCUGUGGUGUUCUUUCCUGGAGAACAAGGUGGAAUGGGAGAGCCGGGGUACAGGGGGAGAACCGCAGCCCCAGGUUCCACCGGGAGAAGAGGACCUGAGGGUUUGAAAGGCAGGCGUGGAGAAAGAGGUCAGAUGGGACAACCUGGUAAUCCUGGACUGAGAGGAGAAGAUGGAGACAAAGGAGCGAUCGGCCAGAGAGGUGAGGAUGGAGACCGUGGCAACAGAGGAGCUAAAGGUCGUCCUGGUCCUCCAGGAGCGUACAACCCGUCAUCUGGGAUGAAUGGCUUCCUGUUUACUAGGCACAGCCAGAAUCGCUUUAUCCCUCCAUGUCCUGACGGAUCCUCCUUCAUUUCUGACGGAUACUCUCUGCUCUUCAUCAACGGCUACAGCCGGGCUCACGGGCAGGACCUGGGUACCGUAGGAAGCUGUCUCCCACGUUUCAGCACCUUACCCUUCCUGAUCUGUGAGACCGGGGAAGAAUGUAGGUACGCUGAACGAAACGACUAUUCCUACUGGCUUUCCAGCGUCAUGGACCCUCAGCCAAUCGCAGAUGAGGAGGCGCUCAGGUCUAAAAUCAGCAGGUGUUCUGUGUGUGAGGCCCAAGCCAACGUGAUCGCUGUCCACAGUCAGACCAUGGAGAUCCCUACCUGCCCCGCCAGCUGGCAGUCUCUCUGGAAAGGAUAUUCCUUCGUUAUGGAAACGGGUUUAGGGGCCGAGGGCUCGGGUCAGCCUCUGGUUUCACCCGGAUCCUGUCUGGAAAACUUCCACAGUAUGCCCUUCAUCGAGUGUAACGGAAACCCAGGAACCUGCAAGUAUGACAGCGGCCACUACAGCUACUGGCUGGCUGCUCUCAACAAGAUCAACAUGUUUGGAAAACCAAGAAGCUGGAACCUGCCGGGGAACAGCUCACAGCACAGGAUCAGUCGCUGUCGGGUCUGCAUGAAGGCGCUGAGUAGAUGAGAUCUAACCGCAGCUGCUAACUCUGCUUUGGUGCGCUCACAUCGGCUCUGAGGAAGCGCCGUACAAUCUUAGAAGAUCUAACAGCAGACCUCAGUCCUGCAGACCUCAGUCUUCUGACACAAUCAGGAAUGAACAGAGCAGAAUCUGGACCGCUGGUUCUGACCUGCAGCCACUUCCAGGCUGCCGCCUUCUUAUUGGUUUUUAUGUGAAAAAUUCAGCAGGUAUUGUGGAGAAGCCUCUGGCGUCGUGCUAAAGCGUUUGUCCCCUUUUGUUUUUGUCACAUUUCCAUGUUUCACAUUAUGAAAUAAAUUCUAAUCUCAAAAUUAACCUGAGCAAAUAUGAAAGAAAA